GAGGAAGUGACGGCGAACAAAAGUGUGAGAACUGAACUAGGGGGAAGGGGGUUUAGGGGGAAGGGGGUUUAUGGGGUUUGGGGGGAAGGGGGUUUGGGGAAAAGUUACAAGUCUACGACCAACAGAGUGAGGGGCAGAAAAACUACUAAUCAGUCGAGUGUAAAGAAAAUCAGUGUCGGCGGUGGAGAGAUCAUGAAACACUGAAGUGUGGGAAAGAAGAAACCUUUUUUUUUUUUUGUGGGAGGGUUUUGUGCACGCGCGUGUAAAUCAUUGUUUACAUUUCACUGGGACUGUUUCAGUUAUUCAGGCGACAUGAUGAACUAUUGUUGUGUUAAACGACCUGGGAGCGACUUUCCCCAGUGUCUCUCUUUGUACUAAUGUACCCGUGUAGUAUUUCCCCGACCUCACUCCGGAUCAGUCUGGUUGUUUUGGCUCUGUUGUUGUCGGUGAGUGUGUGUUCAGAGCUGAAAGUGCUGGUGCGGUUACCCGAUGGUCAGGUCACUGCAGAGACUUUAGAGUCGGACAGCGAGCGGGACAUCAUCAGUGUAGAGUUCAGGCACACAGACGGCACUCUCAUCACCUUCCUGGCAGAUUUCAAGCGGCAUGUGAAGAUCCUGCGGGCGCUGGUGCUGGGGGAACCGGAGCGGGGCCAGACACAGUACCAGGGCCUGUGUUUCAUCAGCAGGCUAGAACAUGGAGAGAUCAUCCCAAGUGAGGCCAUGGUCAGACUGAGACAGAAAAACCCUCAUGUGGUGCGGACUGCCGAGGAGAAGCGUGCUCUUGAGCGGAUGAGCAUGAACAUGGCAGUGAAUCUGACUCUAUCCUGGCCCCUCAGCUCCCAUAUCCGCAGCAUGUGCCGCGACGCCCAAGACUUCAUCUACACACGGGAGCAGGACGUCAAAUACUGGCUAGAAAAGGGUGUGGACGCCUCCAUAUUCAAAGUCUUCCCCCAGGACGUCGAGAGUGCAGGCCUGCCGAGUUGCAGCGCUACCACGGAUCUGUGGCAGCCGUGUUCGUGUAGCUACACCCUGAGGCUGGAGUGGUACCCGUGCAUGCUGAAAUACUGCCGUGGCCAUGGCCCGAGCCCAUACAAGUGCGGGAUCAGGAGCUGCAGCAAGGCUUACCGCUUCGACUUCUACACGUCACGCAAGCAGCUGUGCAUGUGGGACGAAGAGAGCUAACGGUGCCACUGUAUACGGAUCACUAAUAAUGUACCGAAUAUGAGUGUUACACUAAAGGUUCAACCUUUGUCUGGAAAAAAAUUAAGCUGGGUAGCAAUGAGGUGCCUUCAGAUAGGACUUAAUAGUACAAUGGUUC